AUGGAGUUGGUUCACCGAGCAAUGGAGAAGAUGUUCCAGCCACUACGUGAGGCUUUGGAGGAAGGUGUUGAGAUGUGGUGUCCAGACGGUCAUCUGCGUCAAAUAUUUCCACGCAUAGCGGCCUACACAGCAGAUUGGCCCAAACAAAAUCUACAGGGGUGCACAUCGGAGGGGGGCUGUCCAAUAUGCAAAACCUUGAAUUCAGAGCAAGGAUUGCUUGAUGAAGAAUCCGACCUACGCAAUAGAGAGGAGACAUUAGAUGCAAUACGGAAAUACAUGAUGGAUCAAAAUAUUACUCGCCUGAAACUCCUUGGGUUAAAACCCACCUGGCCAUGGUGGGGGGAUAUCCCUGGCCUUAAUCUUUCAGCUUGUUUUACCCCCGACCUCCUUCACCAAGCCUAUCAAGGUGUCUUCAAGUCCCAUAUUGUCCGGUGGAUGAAGCACAUCAUUGGCACACACGUGCUUGACAAUUGGCUAUUGGCUAUGCCACAGGCAGAGGGGUUGACGCAUUUCGCUAAAGGGAUCACACCGGUCAGUCAAUGGACGGGGCGACAGAGCAAACAGCUACUUGCUCAAUUCUUACCUGCUGUAAUCGGCGGUCUGAAUCCCCCGGAGCUAGGGGAAAUGAUUCGAGUUCUUGUCAACUUCAUAUAUCGAUUGCACGCGUUGAGUUUAACGGAAUGGGACCUCGGGGCGAUGGAGGACGACCUGAAAACCUUCCAUGAACUUAAGGAGUUGCUUGUCCUUAAAGGGUUCUAUAAGUCCGAAAGGCGUUUUAACCAGAUUCCCAAGUUGCACAUGCUACGACACUGGGUACGGUCAAUUCGCGAACUGGGUACGCCAGACGGCUACAAUACAGAGGCUCCAGAACACCUACAUAUUGAGUACGCCAAAGUUCCGUGGCGCGCAUCGAACAAAGUGAAGCCACUGGAGCAGAUGGUCAUAUAUAUUCAACGUCAGGACGCGAUAAGGAUGCACCGAAGAUACCUGGAGCAAUACCUAGGAAUGGAUCAGGGUGAAGGCGAGAGUCCAGAUGGGAGCGAAUACGAUAAGAGACGAACUGAGCUGGAACAGGUUGAGGCACUAGCCGAGCAUGCGUUUGGGACUCAGAGCGCGCGUUUUGGCUCUACGACGUCCUUGGGCGUGGAAAAAACCUGCGGACAAGGCAAUGACAACACGAACGGGGAGGACAAGCUUGAACAAAUUGUUUACCCACGUCCGUUACGAUACAUGGCCAAGCAGGCGACCAAGGAGAAGCAAACCUUCCAGGACUUAAUUGACAAAUACAAGGCUUCGAAUGUCAUUUCUGACGUACGCGAUUUCCUUACACGCCGAUUGGGAGUCCCUAGACACGACAGCUUUGUUUCCCAAAACAACUACGUGAAUGUCUGGCACAAAAUUUAUCUAUUCCAUUCUCCCCCCUCGUUUGCCCCUUUCGAUCCCGUUAAGCGAGACGUAGUACGUGCAAGUGCACCUGAGGUUAGUCCUAGUGGACGGGUUCGUCGGGCUGGUGUCUGGGAUGUUGCGUUGUACGUGGAAAAGCCCAACCGCCUGCGUUCUUUUUCAGACACAAAUGAAAAACACGGGAUUCACCGAUAUCGUGCAGGACGAGUACGUGCCUUAUUCACACUCCCUGCGCACCUACGCUUCUAUUAUAGUGGUGAAUUGGCAUACCUUGAGCUUUUUGAGUCGUUCGACGUUUCUGCAUCUCCUUUCACAAAGCUUUACUCGACCCGGCCCGAUUUCGAUUCGAAGGGUCUUCGUCAAACCCUUGUUAUUCCAGUUACCGACAUAGUCUUCGCCACGCACCUCGUCCCUAAAUUCCAUACGAUCGAGAAUCAACUGGAGCUUAAUCGCUACGUUGAUCUUCUCGAUACUCGCGGGAACUUUUGGCUUAAUCAUUACUACAAUCAUCACUUCUACCAGUACAUUCAGUAUUGGAGGCGUCACCGGCCGCGCCUCCAAGAUCGACUUCUUGCAAAUCUUCAACGCAGCAGGUUUCCAAGACUAGCGGGGGAGAGAGAAUCCCAGGAAGACUCAUCCGACUCAUCCGUUACGUCUCAACGUUGGGACCCCUCGGCAUCUCGACAGCCUGAACAUCAACUCGACUACGAGCGUGCUGACAAAACUGCUCGCACUUUUGGGCUUCAAUAA